UAUUAGUACUUAUUUAACCAAGUAUCACUCAUCUAAAAUGGCUCGCACUAAGCAGACUGCCCGCAAGUCCACCGGCGGCAAGGCGCCCCGCAAGCAGCUGGCCACCAAGGCCGCUCGUAAGACCCCCGCCACCGGCGGUGUGAAGAAGCCUCAUCGCUACCGCCCCGGUACCGUGGCGCUGCGCGAGAUCCGCAAGUACCAGAAGUCGACGGAGCUGCUGAUCCGCAAGCUGCCGUUCCAGCGCCUGGUGCGUGAGAUUGCCCAGGACUUCAAGACCGACCUGCGCUUCCAGAGCCAGGCCGUGCUGGCGCUGCAGGAGGCCGCCGAGGCCUACCUGGUGGGCCUGUUCGAGGACACCAACCUGUGCGCCAUCCACGCCAAGCGCGUGACCAUCAUGCCCAAGGACAUCCAGCUGGCCCGCCGCAUCCGUGGCGAGCGCGCUUAAGCGUCCUGCCGUCUGGGCCUACGGCCUGGGCUGCUCUUUCCCCAAAAACUCGGUGUUUCUCAACACCACCUGUACAAUGCGACGGUGUCUUUGUGUUCACGAAUGCGAUCUGGGGAGGGUGUGGACGUCCGUGCCCCAUGCGUGGUCAUAAUUGGGGUCAGGGUGCAAGGGUGGUAUACGCGCUCCCGGGUUGCGCACGAUGGUUGUGCACAACAGUCUGUGUGUGUUUGAACCUGCCGCACGGAAUACCGUAAGCGCAAGGAACAGGGUCUAUGCAAGAUGGAGCGCAGGCUCGGCUUGUCCGGUUGCUUUGAGAGCUCGUGCACCUGGCGUUGCCAAGGUUGGGUGUUUGUUGCAGCUGUGCGGCCUACCUACCUGCCC